UCUCCAUCAUUAGACAUGAGAGUGAAGGCUUUGAUUACCUUGAAAUCAAAGCUUUCGAGAUCAUGCAACAGGUUUGCCUCUGUCUUCAGAUUCAGGCUUAAAAAGCCUGUCUUUAUUGGAGCCCUCGUGUCCCGUUUCCGCCACACUAAGCCGAGACAGCCUCCCGAGAAACGUCCUUCGACGUUACUGUCUUGUCUCUGUUUGGUCAAGAGAAAGGAACAGAAGAAGCACAAGAUGAGUGCGGCCAGAAACUCUUCAUUCGGUGUUAGCGAGGCAAAGCUUCUACAGUCUCCUGUUACGCCAGCAAAGAAGCUGUUCCCUUCGCCUAUUACACCGGCUUACGUGAGCACCAAGAAAACGAGCCAAAUGAAUUCAUUUGCAGACGAGGUUGUGGAAGAUGCUUGCAGAAGCUUCGAGAACUAUUUGAUUCAUUUGGUCGUCGAAGAAGGAAAAGUGGAGGACUUGAUGGACAUCGAGGAGCUUCUGUACUGUUGGAAGAACCUUAAGAGCCCUGUCUUUGUCGAUCUCGUGUCCAGAUUCUAUGGAGAGCUCUGCAGAGACCUGUUUUCAGGCGAGGAAGACCAAUGAAGAAUGAUGAGUUGCCUCUUUCCUUUCAAGAAAUCACUCUACCUUGUGCUGUAUGGGUAAAUAGAAAUGAACGUCUGACGCUAUUUUACAUUUUCAAUUUCAAAAUUGAAGUGAGCUGAUCAGCUUUUAUGUCAUGGAUGCUUAGACAAUGCAGAAAACAUGGUACCAAAAAACAGUAUGUGUACAGGAUGUUUAGCUGUACUUUCCGGAUUUCAUGAUGGGGAAAUGCCAAACAAUCCUAAACCAAUA